AUGCGCGCGAUACGAAGUAUCACGAAUACGCUCCCCAGGGCGACCGCCCUGAGGAUCUUCACCACCGGCCCAACCACCGACACCCCACCCGCCAGCCAUAAUGUCCUCCCUCACGGCACAUAUCAACCUGCCAUCUCAGCGUACACCCCAAUAGACCUCCAGUCUAACCGAGGCGUUUUCAGCCCGAACCGGUCCUCCCACAUCGACGCAACGGGGGCCCUGAACGGCAACAACACCCACUCCUUCAGCACCCAAAUCUACCAAGGCCAAGCCUGCCCCUCGACCCGCCGCGGCCUGCAUAUGGACCACCUCAGGACCCCGACGACCCAAAACCCGGGCCUCGGCCCCGCAACAGGCCUCGGAACGGGCGUCAACAUCUCGGCGCAAAUGUUCGGCUUUGAGAUUCGACCCAACGCGACCGAGAGCGAGGCGUACGUCGUCGCAGACCGCUCCGAGGUGGACCCUCUCCCGCCCGAGCUGCACCACACGAUUCGCCUGGGCGCCGGUGAGGCGGCGCCGCGGCCGACCGAGAGCGAGGAGGAUGUGUUUGCUGAUCGUGGGGGGUGGGAGGAUCCGUUGAUGGAGAAGAGACCAUCAGUCCCCAACUUUCCCAAUUUCUCAGACAAGAUCCGUGAAUUGGUCACACGCAUCCACACAAGGACAGCGGGCAGGGGGGGUUUCCGCUUCGGGUCGCAGCUCUCGGUGCAGUCAUGGCUCGCCAUACUAGGCGCCACCUUCGGCCUCCUCUCGCACGGCCUCGCAACAACCUACACGCACGUCUUUGACGCAUGGAGUACCUGGCGGGCAACCAGGUGCGAUGAGGAUCCCGGAUUCGACUACGCGAGCUAUCUGAACACGCAGCCGCAGGCACCUGUGGUUGCCCUGGGCAUCUCGACGUCGGUCGGAUACAAGUUUGCCGUCGUCGAAGUGAGGUACCAAGCGACCGAGGCGAUGCCGGUUGACCGGGUCCGACUCCGACUUCCGCCGCUGCCGGCCGUUGAGAAUGGCACCGCGAGUCCCUGGGUCAGCGGCGGUCCGACAUCUGGGACGAACCGCGCGUUUCUCCACCACCUUGACUACGGUAGUUCCUUCUCUGAUGAGGAUGACGCUCUAUUGGCCCCGCGGGUAAUCGUCAUGGAUAGUUGGGCGGACUGCGGCGGGAUGUUCCACCCUCUCGAUUCGGGCGCGCUGGUAACAUGGGAAGUCGUUCUGGUUGCCAGGGACUAG